UGACGUCUUGACUGUGCCGGGCUCGGAAGAUGGCUGCGGAGCUGAACGGCGGGCAGCGGCUGCGGUGGCAGCUGCAGGGCGCCGGGAGCGCGGCCGCAGCGGCGGGUCGGGGCUCCGCCUUGCCCGCGGGCAGCUGAGCGACGAAGGACCAGACUAGGCGCGGCGGCCAGUGGCAGCAGCCCGGGCUGGCCGGCGCGGGGCUCCGAUCCCCUGGCACCAUGAGCCGCCCGGAGGACGCAGUCAAAGAGAAAUUACUGUGGAACGUAAAAAAGGAGGUAAAGCAGAUCAUGGAGGAAGCGGUCACCAGGAAGUUUGUGCAUGAAGACAGCAGCCAUAUCAUUGCUCUGUGUGGUGUGGUAGAGACCUGCCUACUGCAUCAGCUGAGGCGCCGGGCUGCAGGCUUCCUGCGCAGUGACAAGAUGGCGGCUCUCUUCACCAAAGUGGGGAAGACCUGUGUGGUAGCUGGAGAGGUCUGCCGAAAGGUCCAGGAGCUGCAGCAGCAGGUGGAGAGCAGGAAGUCAGCAGGAGGCAACCAGGAGACCCUUCGGAGACAGGGCUCAACUGGAGGAAAGCCCCCAACCCUCAGCCCCCAGGCCCUGAGGCACAUUUGGGUGCGCACCGCCCUCAUUGAGAAGGUGCUAGACAGAGUUGUGCAGUAUAUAGUGGAGAACUGCAGCAAAUACUAUGAGAAGGAAGCACUUCUGGCAGACCCUGUGCUUGGCCCCAUCCUCGCCUCUCUCUUAGUGGGGCCCUGUGCUCUGGAGUAUACCAAGCUGAAGACGGCAGACCACUACUGGACAGAUCCUUCUGCUGAUGAGCUGGUCCAGAGGCACCGCAUCCGUGGCCCCCAUGGCCGCCAGGACUCGCCCUCCAAGCGUCCAGCCCUGGGAGUCCGCAAGCGACAUUCCAGUGGGAGUGCUUCAGAAGACCGGUUUGCAGCCUCAGCUCGUGAAUACGUGGAGUCCCUUCAUCAGAAUUCCCGGACACACUUGCUCUAUGGCAAGAACAAUGUGCUGGUACAGCCGAAGGAAGACAUGGAGGCUGUCCCUGGCUACCUGUCCUUGCACCAAUCUGCAGAGAGCUUGACCCUGAAGUGGACCCCCAACCAGCUCAUGAACGGAACUCUGGGAGACUCAGAGCUAGAGAAGAGCGUAUACUGGGACUAUGCUCUGAUUGUGCCCUUCAGCCAAAUUGUCUGCAUCCACUGCCACCAGCAACAGAAUGGUGGAACACUGGUGCUGGUGAGCCAAGAUGGUAUCCAGAGGCCUCCUUUGCACUUCCCCCAGGGAGGCCACCUCUUGUCUUUCCUGUCCUGCCUGGAGAAUGGGCUCCUGCCUCGAGGACAGCUAGAGCCACCACUGUGGUCCCAGCAGGGAAAGGGGAAGGUCUUCCCCAGGCUGCGGAAGCGGAAUAGCUCCAUGAGGUCUGUGGACCUGGAGGAAACAGUGAUGGAUGAAGGGCGGGCCACUGACUACGUAUUCCGGAUCAUCUACCCGGGCCACAGGCACGAACACAUCACUAUUAACUACCACCACUUAGCUGCCAGCCGCGCGGCCUCGGUGGACGAUGAUGAGGAAGAGGAGGAUAGACUACACGCGAUGCUGUCAAUGAUCUGCUCGCGGAACCUCACAGCUCCCAAUCUGAUGAAAGAUGCCGGGGACAUGAUUGAGAUGCAAGGCUUUGGGCCAAGCCCCCCAGCCUGGCAGUUUGAGCCUCCAAGUGGCCGCAGCUCCUGCCUCUCCUGCUCUGUCAGAGGCUCACCCUAUGGCCCGCCCAACUACUGCAGCUGUGCACAGGACAGAAUGCCCCUGAGAUUGCUGUGUGAGAACAUGAAGAGACAGAUCAUGUCCCGGGCCUUCUAUGGAUGGCUGGCAUACUGCCGACACCUGUCCACUGUCAGGACCCACCUGUCAGCCCUGGUACAUCAUAAUAUCAUCCCACCUGACCGGCCCCCAGGAGCUUCAGGAGGGCUCACCAAGGAUGUGUGGAGCAAGUACCAGAAAGAUAAGAAGAACUACAAGGAGCUGGAGCUUCUGAGGAGAGUGUACUAUGGGGGUGUGGAACAUGAGAUCCGAAAGGACGUCUGGCCCUUCCUGCUUGGACACUACAAGUUUGGCAUGAACAAGAAGGAGAUGGAGCAGGUGGAUGACGCCGUGGCAUCCCAAUACCAGCGGGUACUGGCAGAGUGGAAGGCCUGUGAGGUGGUGGUCCGGCAGCGGGAACGGGAAGCCCAUCCAGCCACACUCACCAAGUUCUCCUCGGGAAGCAGUAUUGACAGCCAUGUCCAGCGCCUCAUCCACCGAGACUCCACCAUCAGCAAUGAUGUGUUCAUCUCUGUGGAUGAAAUGGAUCCCCCCGAUAUGGGACCAAAGUGCCCUGAAGAUUCCAUGGCUGGCACAGUGCCAAUGGCAGGAACACCAGGUACUGCGAUAGUGGAGCAGCAGCAAUCUGUGGAGUUUGACUCACCAGACUCAGGGCUGCCAUCUUCCCGUAACUACUCCGUGGCUUCUGGAGUCCAGUCCAGCAUUGAUGACGGACAGAGUGUGGGUUUUGAGGAAGAAGACCAAGGAGAGGAGGAAGAGCUGGAUCCAUCUGCUUCUGGUCCCCGAGCCUCCCUCUACGAGCCCCCAGACCCUACCCAGGAGGACACCCCACAGUCCAGCGAGCUGGGGGCAGGGGAAGAACUGGCUGCUGUCUGUGCUGCCGCCUACACCAUAGAGUUACUGGACACCGUGGCCUUGAACCUCCACCGGAUCGACAAGGACGUGCAACGGUGUGACCGAAACUACUGGUAUUUCACACCCACCAACUUGGAGAAGCUUCGAAACAUCAUGUGCAGCUAUGUAUGGGAGCAUCUGGAUGUGGGCUAUGUGCAGGGCAUGUGUGACCUGCUGGCACCCCUCAUGGUCAUCCUCGACAAUGACCAGCUGGCUUAUAGCUGCUUCAGUCAACUCAUGAAGAGGAUGGGCCAAAACUUCCCCAACGGCGGGGCCAUGGACACGCACUUUGCCAACAUGCGCUCGCUCAUCCAGAUCCUGGACUCCGAGCUCUUUGAACUGAUGCACCAGAAUGGAGACUACACUCACUUCUAUUUCUGCUAUCGAUGGUUCCUGCUUGAUUUCAAGAGAGAGCUGCUCUAUGAAGACGUCUUUGCUGUGUGGGAAGUCAUCUGGGCUGCCAGACACAUCUCUUCUGAGCACUUUGUCCUGUUCAUUGCCUUGGCCCUGGUAGAAGGAUAUCGGGAGAUCAUUCGAGAUAACAACAUGGACUUCACAGACAUUAUCAAGUUUUUCAAUGAACGAGCAGAACACCAUGAUGCCCAGGAGAUCCUGAGGAUAGCCAGGGAGCUGGUCCACAAAGUGCAGACACUGAUUGAAAACAAGUGAAGCUGGCAGCGGCUUUGGUGAGAGAAGGUGGAAGAGGAGGCAGCCGUGGCCGACCAGGCACCUCGGGGUCCCGAGAGCUCCAGGCCUCCGCACAGGGCAAGUGGAGAGGGUGGCCCUGUCGGGACUAUCAGCGCCCUCCCCCUCCCCACCAACCUGAACCCCAGACCAUGUUCCUGAGGCAUCUUCCAUGUAAUGCAGAAAAAAUAAGUAAUUCAGAGAUUAAGAGAUCGAGAGACUCCAGGCCUUCCCUUGGGUUGGGCCAGGGCUAGCCUGUGGGACCUGCCUUUGGGACAGAGGGAGGAGUGACUGAGAUGUGUAGAGCUCUCUCUGGAUCUUGGCUGGGGGCAGCCCACACUGGGGCCCUGAAGUCUCAGGCCUAUGACAGACACGCUCUGGGACAACUACCUCCCUUCCAACUCCCACCCCAGCCCCAAAGAAACCCCUUUUGGGGUCACCCUAGGAAUAGACAGAGGCCCCAGGUAAGACCACUAGAGGGGGAUCCUGCUUGAAAGGUGUCUUGCCCUCAGGGGUCUAGCACAUAGAAAGGGAUAGAGACCCAUGGCUCUCCCAGGGCUUAGAAUCUGGCCUGAGAUGCCCCUCCUGGAUAGAGAGAAGAGACAUUCAGGCCAAACUUCAGGAUGGCUCUAGAGGCUGCAGGGGGCAACACCCUACCUAAUACCCUCUGUUCCUUGUCUCUUCAAAGAAGCUGGGGAGCCCUCCUAGGCAUGGUCACACUCCCCCUUUUUCUGGAGGCCAGACUUAUACCCUGCUCCACGAUAGGGAUGGGUGUUGGACCAAGGCUCUCGAGGACUAAGGGUGGGAGAAAUUCUGGAGCUACCUUCAUGGGUGUCCCCUGAAUUUCUGUGGACCCAAGACACUAAUGCAGGGAAGAUUUGGUAGGGAGGGAGGAAUGGGCAGGGCACAGCCUGGAGCUGUCCCAUGGUCCUCCAGCAUUACUGCCUGUCUGCUUUUAUAAUCCCUCCACCAACACACCACCUGCUCCAGGCACCAGCCUGUGUGCACACAUGUACAAGUGUACCUCCCUUUGCGUAUUCAGCUGUCCGUGGUCCUGAAAAAUAUGUAAAGCAAAUCCUCCUGAAGGCUCUAAGGAGAGCUCAUUUCUUAAAGGCUCCUAGUGCAAAUCCUUUUGUAAGAGCAAAAGCUUGAGCCCCAACCUGCUUGUAAAUCCAGAUUUCUGUAUGUCAGAUUUGCUGAAACAGCACUUGCCUGUAUGGAGAAGGCACAAGAGGUGGGAGCCCACCCCUCUCAGGGACCCUCCCCCUGGAGCUCCAAAGAAGCCUAGGCUGUUGUCCCAGUGCCCACAGGUGCCUCCUUGCUCCCCUUGAGCCCCACUCCAGAACAUCCCCAUGGAGUCGUACCAGGAUGCUGGAUCUUUCCACCUAACCUCACUGCUCUCCCUUGACUUUGCUGCUGCUUGGCCAAGGCAUAGGGGGAGGGGGAGGUAGGGAGGCAGAGAAGCUCUAAGGGCAUGGCUGGAUCACCCCUAAGGUGAGGGAAUGGGAAGGGGAAUGAGGGAGAUUGCCUCUAUGUAUCAGAGCCUUUCUAAGGCUCUGACUAACUAGCUGAGGCCAGAGCCCAUAGCUGGGCACCCCUGGAGUCCUCUGUAUUCUCAAGUGCCAACACUGCCCUAGGCUUGGAGGGGACCUGGAUCUUGGCCCCCAACACAGCCGAUUCUGUAGAAUGUAGAGAACCGUGAGCAGGGCUCCUCGGACUUCCCUCCCUCAGGACGCCACCUCAGAUCAAGCAUCUCUUAAUGCCAGGGAUAGGAUGGGGGCUAGACUCCCCCUGCCUCCAAUCGUAGUCUGCCCUCUGGAGGAAGUCCAGGAAGGGCCUCCCUGCCCUUAGCAUGCUUACUGUUAUUCUGUACCCAGUUUCCUCCUUCUCCAUCCUCCCCCCACCUGCAGGAGCCAGGUAGGUCCUGUUAGGUGAGAGGGGCAUAGUGAGGGUGCACUUGCCAUUUGGGGCCUUCUGGAGUUCCUCUGUGGGCCUGCUGUGUCAUUUACUAGAAAAAAGGGGAGAUACCUUUGUCUUGGGAGAAGAAUGCUAUCCCUGGCCUGACCCUCCUCCUCUGCCCCCAGAAUCUGCACUGCCUGUUUGGGGGCCUGUCUGCCCCCUCAUCCCCUUGUGUGCCGUGGGCCCCACAGCUCCUGCUGGAUGUGUGGGUGGCACAGCCAUGAUGCCGCAUGUGCUGCCACGCGCCUGCCUUAGUGACUGGUGUUUGUGAGGAGCGGGAAGGUUGCUUGGUUGGUUCCCUUUUUUUCCCCUGGCUCAGAUAUUCUAAUGCUGUCCAUUGUAACAAAACCAAUAAACACUGAGUUUGGUGACA